AGGGUGAUAGGCGGUUAAGAGCAACUUCCCCUACGAGCAAACGGAUAGAUUAUACCAGUGUUUAGGUCAAAUUUAUAUACCGGGUGCUGUGAGACACAUUUUGGAAGAUCAGAUAGAUGCAGCGAUGACUGAAGUAGGGUUCAACAAGCUGAGUACCGAGGACCUGCCCUUUACCGUGCGUAUUGGGUCAACCGGAGCAGGCUUCGGCGUGGGAUGUGGCUUUGGCAUCGGCUUUGGGAAGCCUCUUAACCUUGGAUCCGUGCCUGCUCUGGGGCAGGCAGCUGCGGGGGUGAGCAGCGGCUUGAGUCAAUUCAGCCAGCUUUUCGGCGGUCUGGGUUCAGGCGCUAGAGAUGCCGUACAAGGGCUGGGAGUGAAGGGCUUGGACGCGGGCCUGGGCUGCGGUGUGGGCGUGGGCUACGGUUUCGGAGCCGGGCUCUUCCUGAAACCAUCGGCCGCAGAGAAGCUGAUGCGGCUCUUAGACAGCACCGUGGGCCAUGUAGCGCGGCAGGUGCAAGCCAGGUUAAGCACGGCCGGCGUGCUGUUGCCACCCCCUUACCCGCACCCACCGCCAACCACACAUCCUGCCUACAGCUCUCCACAGCCCCCACUGCUCAGUCCACAGCCGCCCCCCGCAACCUCCUACUCUGCGACUCCGCUAGCCCCCUCCGGCUCAACUGUGGGGCCGCCAGCCGCACUGGCACAAGACCACCCGCAGCACCACCACCUGCCGCUGCAGCAGCAGCACCAGCACCAGCACCAGCAGCACCACCCGCAGCACCAGCACCAGCCAGAGUCCCCCUGGCCCCCCGCCUCCCCGCUGUCACCCCACUGCGCACCACCCGCAGCAGCACCAGCGCCUAGCCAACCCCAACAGCCCCCACCGCUUCACCGCCGGCACGGCGCUCAUCCCGGCCGCCCACCCGCUCCUGCUGCCGCUGCUGCCUGUAGUCCUGCUGAAGCUGCUUCGGAGGGUGCUGUUGCUGGCGGCAGUGGAGGCGGCAGUGGUGGUGGCGGUGGUGAUGUCGCGGCUGCGAGGAGCGGGGCGGGGUGGCAGGCGGGCAGCUCGGAGGAGCUGCGGGCGCUGCUGCGGCACGAGCGGCAGCUGGCUCGGCUGAGGGCGCGGAACCGGGCGCUGCGGCAGGCGGUGUGCAGCCUGGAUCGCAGGUUACCCGUCUGCCAGGAGCCGAGUGACUCCUGGGGGGACAGCGACGGUUGAGACCGGUAGCUGCUGCGCCUGGGGAGCGAUGGGGCGCAGUGUGGGGGAGAGCGGAAGGCGGUCUCCUGGCGGCCUGCAGCUGACAGGGGGGUGGGGCUUUCAUUUGCAGCAGGGCUAUUGCGUCUCAACAAGCCCCGUCAGGAUUGAGAAAGCCGGUUCUGCGCACAUCGGUACCGCCCUUGUAACAAAGCUGGUCAAGCGUGGAACCCGGGGCUGAAUCUCAAUCGUGGCGGCCUGGAUUCUGCAAAU